UCCAUCUCUAUAUAUUAUGAAACCUAUGUAUCAUCACCCUCAUAAUUUUUUCUUCUGGACGUAGAAAACAUGGAGUUGUUUCUCCCAUUUUCAGCGACUAUAACCGCAAUUGUUUUUUGUUUUCUACUAAAAUUCCUGCUGCAAAGCUUUAAAGGAAAGAGAGUGAAAAACACAGAACCACCUCAAGUCAAGGGCCGAUGGCCAGUAAUCGGACACCUGCGCCUUCUAGGUGGACCUGAACUACCUCACAGGGUCUUAGGUGGAUUGGCAGAUAAAUAUGGCCCUAUUUUCAGCAUCAAGCUUGGUGUUCACAAUGUUUUGGUGGUGAGUAGCGCUGAGAUGGCGAAAGAGUGCUUUACCACAAACGAUAAGGUGUUUGCAAGUCGACCCAAGUCAAUGGCAGUAGAACACAUGGGCUAUAAGUAUGCCAUUUUGGCUCUAGCUCCUUAUGGGGACUACUGGCGACAAGUGCGCAAGAUCAUGACUCUGGAGGUUCUCUCUCAGCGACGUGUGGAGAUGCUUGGACCUCUUCGUUCUUCAGAGGUUAAAGCAUCCAUGGAAGAUAUAUAUAACGCUUGGGUAAAGAAUAAAGAGAGUGGAAGUUCCGACAUGGUAAAGGUGGAUAUGAAACAAUUGUUUCAGAACUUGAUAUUAAAUGUUGUCGUCAGGGUUGUUUCAGGAAAAAGGUUUUCACCUGAUGACAAAGAAGGUGUUCGAUUUCAAAAAGUGAUAAGGAAAUUCUUUGUGUUGUUGGGCACAUUUGUGGUGUCUGAUUUUAUUCCAUAUCUGAAGCCAUUGGACCUGGGAGGAUACGAUCACCGGUCCUCCAUCGCCCCCUGUAUCAGCCAUGUUGACCUUACUCGUCAACAGGAUUCCAACAACGAGAAAAAAAUGAAGAUGACAGGAGAAGAGAUGUACGGAAUUGUUACAGGAUGGCUAGAGGAUCACAAGAGAGUGAGAGCCGAGGAAAAGCAUGCGCAGCAACAUGAAAGAAGCCAAGUCUUCAUGGAUGUUCUUAUUUCCGUUCUUGAAGGUGCCUCCCCAGAGGAAUUCCGUGGUUUUGACCAUGAUACCAUAAUCAAGGCUACAUGUUUGACUGUUUUAGCUGCGGGCUUGGACACAUCAUCUGCAACAUUAACAUGGGCUUUAUGUUUGUUGCUCAACAACCCAAGAGUAUUAAAACUUGCCCAAGAUGAAUUGGAUGAGCAUGUUGGAAGGAAGAGAGCAGUAGAGGAGUCCGACCUAAAGAACCUUGUUUACCUUGAUGCAAUCGUUAAAGAAACACUGCGUUUAUACCCGCCUGGACCUCUAAGCCUUCCUCAUGAGUCCAUGGAGGAUUGCAUUAUUGGUGGCUACAAAAUCCCUAAAGGCACACGUUUAUUGACUAAUCUUUGGAAAAUUCAACAUGAUCCUAAUAAAUGGUCAGAUCCUGAAGAAUUUCAGCCAGAAAGAUUCUUGACAAGUCAUAAACAUGUUGAUGUCAGGGGAAACAAUUAUGAAUUGAUUCCUUUCGGUAGUGGUAGAAGAGUAUGCCCUGCUAUUCCGUUUGCUCUUCGGUCUUUGCAUAUAACUUUAGCUACUUUAAUACAACAAUUUGUGCUUAAAAAGCCAUCGAAUGAACCCAUUGAUAUGAGUGAAACCCCGGGAGUGACUAUCAGCAAAGCAAUCCCACUUGAGGUCCUUCUGGCGCCUCGUUUAUCCCUUGAUAUGUACCCUGUUGCUGCAUGAUACCUCUGCUUCAAAUCAUCUACCAACCCUUGCUGCCACUAACCAUGUGCCCACACUCUAGUCUUAUUCAUGAAUGAUUCCAAGACAAUCCCCAAAAAUUAAAUCAGAAACUCUUCUUACUAUCUUAUCAACAGCUUGCUAAUUAUUAGUCAUACUACUUUGUUUUGGA